CCUGGGUGUGCCGGGCAUCGGCCUUGGGGGUUUUUUGCGUGCUUCCCCGCUUCCUCCCUCCACGAUAGGUGCUGUUUUCGUGGCAAGACAGAAGGCGAAACAACAGAAAUGACAAUUUUGAAGCAUUUUAAGUGAAAGGCCGGUGCUCCGGCCGCGGAAUGCACUUGGAGAACUGCUGUAGGGUUUGGACAGCCUUGCUGCCAGCACUGCGAGCAGAGGAGAGGGCUCGCCCAACAUCCGCACAUCACUCCCGGGGCUGCACAGGAGGCCAUCAGAGCACACCUGGAAUGUGGAGACUACGCCUUGUGCACGCAGUGGAAGCAGUGGGACCAGCCACGGGUAGCCUUUGUGUGGCUCCUCCUUAUUACUGAGGGUGACCUUCCUGCUGGCAUUUAAACCAUGUACCCUGUGACUUGUCAUACUGGUCUCAGAGAGGAUGGAUACAAGCUGUGACAGUGUUAUUUCAUCUUUUUGAAGUAAGCUUUCUUCUGAGCUAUGAAAUAACAGUUUCUGAAGUCAGAAGACUCUGCUUUCAGCCUGGGCUAAAAAAAAUAUAUUGGAUUAAAAAGAUAAUAAUAAUAAUGAAGGCAAACACAAGGAUUUACCAUGUCAGUAUGACACAUCUGUUCACAGUGGUUUAUACUGCACACCCCUAAUAUGGAUUUUGGAAAGCAGAGUAUGGAAGCAGCUGCUUUUAAGGAGGAGGACCAUCUGUCAGAGAAGACUGCCAAUGAUCUGACAAGUGUAGUGCCAUCUCCCACCAGAAUAACUGAGAAGGUCAUGCCUUCUUUACCCCCAGGAUGGAUUCACAACACAAGUCAGUCCUCCAGCACGCAGUUUCCACUUUCAUACAGCGCAGAAGCCAGCCGUAAGAUGGACAACAGUAGUGACUGCUCAGAUAACUUGGGCAAUGACCAAGAGUUUCCUGCAAGGCAAUUAUAUUACUUGGCCAGCUCGGAUUUUUUUCCUCAAAUGUUGGCUUCAAGUGUAACCCAGACUGGUGUUCUUGAGGCCAGUAAAACCAGUGACACCCUGGAAACAUUCAGUCGUUGUCUGCUCGCUGCCUCAGAUCCUCAGAGUCCAGGGCAGCAGGACCAAGUGAUGAGGCAACAGAUGGAGCAGCUACAAAGGCUAGUGGCUGAACAGCAGAAAAUCAUUGCAUUUUGCAACCCAGUUUCUCCUGGGAUACCUGCUCAUCUAGUUGCCAAGAUGGCAACUCUGCCGUGCUUUCCUGCUACUUUAAUCCCUGUCCAACUCCCAUCAGAAGAUUCUUCACCAGACCAGAGCCAAGACUGCUCACAGACUCGUCCCUUGAUAACGCGCUCUACUCUGCAAAGAAGAUCCCCACUGUUGGUGCCAAAUGAGAGCAGUUCAGAAAUCUCAGGAGAGCACCCGCAACUUUCAGAUUCAGGGAGAAACACAGAGCCAUUGCUUCAGCGUGCUGGGAGCCCCACAAAAAAGCUUUCCAGAGAAGAUGCUCAAGAGGAGGACAUAACAGAAAACAAAGAUAUUAGUCAAUUAGAAGAAAGAACUUUGCCUAAAACUACUUCUGCAAUCAAAGAAGAACGAAGAGAACAAGUUAAUGAGGAGAUUGUUCCAUCUCCCUUUGGUAUAAAGACGACAUUGAAGACUAGAAGCCCAGAAGAGAGGAUUGCCAAAGCAAUGUGUGUGACUGUCAAACAGAGGUUUUUCCUUUAAGACUGUAACAGUAAUGUGAACCAGAAUACCGGAGAUUAGGACUUAAUAUUUGUAUUUCAAGGACUGGAAUUCAAGGACUCUUUAUCUUGUUCUGUUCUGAUGAUAUAAAAUGAAAAGUGUUUAAGCACCCUGGUAUUCACACUAAAAAAGUGAAUGAUUUUCCUACUAACAUCCAUCAUUGGGUGAGAAAUGCAUUUUACCACAACAGGAAGCACUUUUUUAUAAUCACCUCUCUUUGUAUAGCUUUGCUUUUAAGUUUAUAAGCAGAUCAGCCUUGUGAAACUCCUUGUAUGCCAGAAUACUUCCCAUCCAGUCAUAGGUAAUGUUUUCCCACAAAUAAUUUUUACAA